GAAAAUGAACUCCAGUGAGUGUUAUAAGUGUCAUAAGACGGGGCAUUUUGCACGUGAAUGUCCAAUGGCAGAUGCUAGAGGUGGUGGUGGGUAUCGUGGCCGUGGAGGUGGUGGUGGAUAUCGUGGGCGUGGUGAUUCCCGCUCGUCUCCUAGAGCUCCAUGUUUCAACUGUGGACGUAGUGGGCAUUUUGCAAGAGAAUGCCGAGAAUCAGAUAAGACUUGCUAUACAUGUGGAAAAUCUGGACAUAUUAGCAGGGAUUGUGAACAAGACGAACGCAAGAUAACAUGCUACCAAUGUGGAAAAUCUGGCCACGUAUCCCGUGACUGUCCUGGAGCAGACAGAGAUCGUGAGGAACGCAAAUGUUAUUCAUGUGGUGACACAGGACAUAUUAGCCGAGACUGCCCAGAGGGGGGGAACUCUGCUGAAGUGGAUGAAACUGUUUGUUAUCGGUGCAAUGAAAGAGGGCAUAUUGCUCGUAACUGCCGUUCGAGCCGACCUAGUAAGUGCUACACAUGUGGAGAGGUUGGCCACAUUGCUCGUGAAUGUGAAAUGAAGGCAUAAGCCUCCCACCUGCCCACGUUGCAGCCUCUGGUGUCAUAGAGAAAUUGGUCCACACAUUUUGGUGAGCGGGGAAAUAAGCUGCUCCUGUAUUUAUCUUGAACGGCCUAGUUUUGGCUUGUAAGCCUUUUCCCUGCUGGUAUCUUUGAUUCAACUAUGUGCCGUCAUGUCUGGAGAGCAUAAAGUAAUGCUUUUUGGGUUCAGAACGAAUGCACUCAGUUCCAAAACUAAACAGGAUGAUGCACUUAUAGGUAUCCUGUGGUUUCUGCCUGCAUUAGAUGAUUGAUUACAUCUUAUUCAAAGGACUGUUUUGUGGAAUAAAUUCAAGGUUGUCAUCGUGGGGAGGGAUGGCAUUCUACUAAACUUUUGCUUUGUCUUUUUUCCUUUCAAGUUUCUUUGACAAAUGUGUAAAACUGUCAAUUUUAGCUCUUAAAAAUUGAGUGUGAUACUGGGCACAAUGACUGCACUCUCAUGUAGUUCAUAAUUUUAUCAAAUGCUGUCCAUCCUAAGUUGUGGCACUACAAAUGUAGAGUGCGAUAAUAUUCUCGAUUUUAUGAAGCCUCAAGUUGAUUAUUAGUUGAUGUAUGACAAAUCAUUCAGAUAUAUGAAUUAAGCCUUAUUUUUUUAUAAACAAUGUUGAAUGCUGUGCAGUUCUAAAAGGAAAACUAUGCAAAUCAUAAUGCUAUGCAAUUCUCAUGUUCAAAUUUUGCACUUGUUAAGUAUUGUCGUUAAUCUGUAUAUAACCUAUGGUAAGACAUUGUUUUGGAUGAAUGUUUUUAUUUAUGCUGUUUUGAGCUACUUAGUUUUGUAAUUUGACUUAAAUCAUCCUGAAAUAUGGAACAAUAACACAUAUUGUGCCCAAACUUAUUUGUAUUUUUAUUCUAUUUAUUCGUUGU